UCUAGUAACUAGUGUACACAUUUUCUAUUGCCGGUUAACGCGUACGCGCAUCCUGCGUGGGAGGAGGGAUAGGGGACUCUCGGAACAGUCGAAUGUGAUGCCGCGUCUCCCGCGCAGCGCAGAACGUACGGCGAUCGCGGCCUAAACACAGCGCAUCGACUGCGCUCGCUAUUCGCUUCUAAUACUCAACUUCCAGUGACAACGAUUGUGGACGUUUGGGUGAUUAAUCAAAGUGUUAAUGGAUUUAACACAGAAGUUUUAUGCAAUUUUCACAAUAAAUAAUACGACAGUGAUAUCGGUGAAAGUGAGCUUUCUAAACGAACAUAAUUAUUCCAUAUUGAGAUGUGGUCCUUCAUGAAUACUUAGGCAGCAUACAUGAGUGUAAGCAAGGAGGUAAUGCGAGGAGACAUAAGCAAGUUGUGUUGGCUGGUUGCUACACUGGCUCUGGGCUCCGUGUGGGGAGGCGAGGCGUGCGAGCGCGGCUCGAGCUGGUGGGACCGGCAGCGCGGCAUCUGUGUCCCAUGCACCCGCUGCGACCCCGCCAAACGACUGGUAGUCAGAUACCCGUGUGAAAUCCACCGGGACACUAUCUGCCAGUCGCUUUAUGAAGCCCAAAUCUCCCCCUUCAAUACACCUAAGCAGGUGCAUAAAAAAGACAAUGAAUCGAGUGAACUGGUACCCAGUGAUUACGAGUACGAAUAUGUGGACUACGAUAGUGAAGUGACUCCUAGUAACGAUGAAGUGACGUGGGACCUGCAGACGACCAGCCUCAGUCUGGCCGCGAGUGGAUGCAUCGUGUUCUUUGUCGUGGUGCUCGUCAUGUCGCUGUACCAUGCGAGGCAGUGGAAGGUUAUUAAGAAGGCGCUAAAGUCAGAUGUACAAGAUUUGACAGCGAAACUUAAGUUAAUGGAGGCGGGAGGCGAAACGUCGGCGGAGCCAGUCGUGGCGGCCGACCACCACAUCUACUGCAACAUUCACGUGGGCAAAGAGGCGUUACUCGGUCCGAAUUCAAUCAAGAAAGGUUUAGGCAAUGUGUACACGCAGGAGAAGCACAACUCUUGAACCACCGAAAUCAUUCUUCAGUAAAUCUACAGUACAAAUAUCUUAAUUAUUUUAAAUGACCUCGCACAUCAAGAUAGAAAAGGAAUAAGAAAAAAAUAUUUUCUUAAUAUAAAAUAUAUGGAUUCAUGGUGUUAA